UGCAAGAAACUUAAGGAGAGUUCAUUGUUCAAAUCAAUUAUUGAUAUCAAUUAUCCCUAGUUAUUACAAAGAACAUGAAGUAUUUCAUCGCCGUAUUGGUACUUUCACUCUGCAUUGCAGGAUUGCAUGCUCAAAAAAAGCAGCAUAUGGGCAGAUUUAAUUUUGACCAGUUUUGUCCUCAUGACCCAAAAGGUUGUAAUAGGUAUUGUGUAAAUUGGAAUUUUGAUGAAGGAAAAUGUGAAGGUCCUCGACGUCUGCAGUGUUGGUGUUACUGGUAUAUAACAAAACCCAGUCUCCAAGGAAGGUCAGCAAUUGGGAAACAACAUUGACACUUUAUAAAAUGAAUAAAGUAUUGAAAAUAUGAA